AUGAGACAGGACAAGAGAAGGGAAGAGGAACCGGAAAAAUGGGAUCACGCAUGGUACCAAAUAGAUAAAGAGAGAACCAAUUUCAUAUUUGCUGAAGAUCUACCGAGAUUAAUGAAAGACCCCAUUUGGAAUCCUCUUACUGCAGAACAGUGGGCCAAUCUUGAAGGGUUUGCGACGGAUUCUCCAGCAUUUAAAAUUGAAAAGGAAAAACUUAAUCCCAUUAUGUUAACAGCCAUCGGCAAAUCUUUAGAUGAAUUAUUAUCAGUGUCUCAUGAAGAAAAUGAUGAUCAUGCUACGUCAAAAGUAGAAAUGGAACCCAGGACCAAAACCCAAUCAGAGAAUGAUAACAACAACAAUGAUAAGAAGAUACGAACGAAGGAUGCGAGACCCAAUUUAAUUUCCAAACUAUCUGAAUUAAAUAAAGAACUACACCGUAAGGAUGAAAUCAUAAUGCAAAAGCAAAAUGUGAUAAAUGGGUUAAUUGAUAAUGUGAACUUAUACAAGGAAAAAUUUGAAUUUUUACAGAGAGAGUUCACAUUCUAUAAACAACAUGAUACACAGAAGAGGAAACCUCAAACCAACGAAAAUGUUGGUGUUAAUGAAAAGGGGGACAGAAAUGUGAAUUUAAAACACGAAUUUAUUCUAUCUGAGUUUAGACGUCAAGUACGAGAACAAAAUCAAUUGAUUGCCAAAUUAAAGGAAAGGAUUAAUUCGAAUCCAGAUGACGCAAAUGCAUAUCUGUCCUCACCUACACCCAAUACCGUCAAUGAGAUAAAACCUGCUUAUAUUUCAAUGUGGCCGCCCAUCAUUGCAGUCUUACUUUUACUCCUCUUCAUUAUUUAUUCAUUGAUUUCAUACACGAAUGUGUCCAUACCCUCUUUAUUAUCAUCCCAGGAGGAUGAUUCAGAUUUUGCAAGAAACCAACUUUCCUGGUGGGAAAGAAUUAGUUGGCUAAGUAGGAUGAUCUGGUCCAUGAAAGAUUAUCUAGAAUCCUCAUCAUCCAGCGGUAACUUCCCAAUAGACCGAGAAGAUGAUGCCUACAACCGAGUAUUCGGACUGACAGACUAA